AGGCGCGGCCCCGACGCUUCCGGGAGGGCACUUCCUCCCUUGUCUCCUAGCAACGGCUGAAGCGUUGUUAACAUCCCGGGCGGCUGUGGCACCAGCCUGAGCCCAGAGUCUUGCCGGCCGCGCGAUGGCAGAAGUAGAGGAAACCCUGAAGAGGAUCCAGAGCCACAAAGGAGUUAUUGGAACCAUGGUGGUAAAUGCAGAAGGCAUUCCUAUCCGAACAACCUUGGACAACUCAACCACAGUUCAGUAUGCAGGUCUUCUUCAUCAGCUGACAAUGAAAGCCAAGAGCACGGUGCGUGACAUCGAUCCUCAGAAUGACCUAACCUUCCUUAGGAUCAGAUCAAAGAAACAUGAAAUCAUGGUAGCUCCAGAUAAGGAAUAUCUUCUGAUUGUUAUUCAGAAUCCAUGUGAGUAGACCUGCUACCGCAAAAGUCUGUUGUCAUGACACUGAGCUGGAAACUCUUCACUCU